AUGUCCAUACUUUUCAUAUUCAUGACAACCAUCCUGCUUAAAGCUAUUCUGCUCGCGUGGUUACGAGCCGCCUUCCAUUCGCUUUCUCAGUCGGAGCUGGCGCAAGAUACAUAUAGCUACGAAGGGAGUGACUUUCCUCGCACAUGGUCCAUCGACGGAGUCGACCGCGUUUCCAUGUUUGUCGAAGAUACUACGCACUACCAGCUCGAGAGCAGUGUGGUGGGCGAUGGAUUCGACAGUGACGCAGAGUGGGAUCUUCUCGUGCCUGGCGACGGACUGGUGUACCUCGGCGACAACAAACGACCCUUCAGUGUGACGGUCUUUCACCAGCUGCGCUGCCUCAACAUCAUUCGAAAGCAUCUCGUCUUGGUUGCACGGCACGAGCUUUCCGGACCGCGAGAAGAUCGAAGCAGGACAUUGACGACUCAUUGCGCCAACUAUCUUAGACAGAUGGCUCUCUGCCAUGCUGAUCUAGACCUGGACACGGCUGUGGGUAAACCGGAGGUCUCGGUCAUGCCCGAUGUAUACGAAUGCCAUGACUGGAGCCGAUUUUAUGAAAAAGUCGAGCGAAACCAGUACCAGUAUAUGACCUGGUCUUCUGCGUCUAGCAAGGGAAAGAAUUCAACUACGGACGGUCUUACUGACUAG